UCCAUGCUUGUUGUCUCUUUGUGUUUUAAACAUUAACUCCUCUUACUUAAUCGUCUUUUUUUAUUUGUUGAUUGUUUAAUUACUUGGAAAUUUAAUUUAAUUAACUAUGGCUCCUCAAACUCAAGUUGCUAAAGGUGGUAAUCAAAAAAUGGGCCAAUUCAAGGACAAAAGUAAACCUGAUGACAUUCGUGAAUCAAAUAUUCAGGCAGCCAAAUCUGUUGCCGAUGCCAUUAGGACAAGUCUUGGUCCAAGAGGAAUGGAUAAAAUGAUUCAACAAGAUGAUGGUAAUGUUAUUAUCUCUAAUGAUGGUGCUACCAUUUUGAAACAGAUUCAAGUAAUUCAUCCGGCUGCUAAGAUGUUGGUUGAAUUAAGUAAAGCUCAAGAUGUUGAGGCUGGAGAUGGUACCACUAGUGUUGUUAUCAUUGCAGGUGCUCUUCUUGAUGCUGCUGCUAAACUAUUGGCAAAAGGUAUUCACCCAACAACAAUUAGUGACGCUUUUCUCGAAGCGGCAAACAAGUGUGUUGAAAUACUUGAGGGUAAAAUGAGUAUUCCCGUUGAUCUUAGUGAUACUGAUUCACUUUUAAGAGUUGCAUCUACUGCGCUUAAUAGUAAGGUGGUUUCACAAUAUUCGAGUUUAUUGGCUCCCAUGGCUGUGAAAUCUGUACUUAGAGUUAAAGAUAAUUGCAAGACGAACGAUGUUGAUCUUAAAGAUAUUAAGAUAAUCAAGCGACUUGGUGCUACUCUUGAAGAUACUGAGCUUAUUGAAGGGCUUUGUCUUGAUCAUAGGUUUUCCAAUGAUUUUGGAUCAAAGAAAAUUGAAAAGGCUAAAAUUGGUUUAGUCCAAUUUUGCAUCUCACCACCAAAGACCGAUAUGGAUAAUCAGGUUGUCGUCUCUGAUUAUACUCAAAUGGAUAGAAUUUUGAAAGAGGAGAGAAAUUAUAUUCUUAACAUUGUUAAACAAAUUAAGAAAUCUGGAUGCAAUGUACUUCUUAUCCAAAAAUCAAUCCUUCGUGAUGCUCUCAAUGAAAUGGCCAUUCAUUUCUUUUCGAAGGCUAAAAUUGCUAUCAUUCGAGAUAUUGAACGUGAAGAGAUUGAAUUUGUCAGUAAAGCUCUUGGCUGUCGUCCAAUCGCCAGUCUGGACCAUUUUGUGGCUUCUGCUUUGGCUACAGCUGAUUUGGUUGAAGAAAUUCCAAUGACCAAAGUAAUUCGAAUCAGUGGAAUCAAAAGCACUUCUGCUGGUAAAACUGUAAACAUUUUACUUCGAGCAUCAAACCGAAUGAUGUUGGAAGAAGCUGAAAGAUCUAUUCAUGAUGCCUUAUGUGUCAUUCGAUGUCUAGUUAAAAAACCCGCUCUACUUCCCGGUGGUGGAGCCCCAGAGAUUGAAUUAGCUCUUCAAUUGAGUCAAUUAAGCUCAUCACUUUCUGGAUUACGAGCUCACUGUUUCCAAGCUUUCGCUGAAGUGGAAGUCAUACCUUACACUUUAGCCGAAAACGCUGGUCUCAAUCCUCUCCAAACGGUUACUGAUCUUCGUCAACGUCAUUUCAAAGGAGAAAUAACUUUCGGUAUCAAUGUCCGAAAAGCAAUGGUCACUAAUAUUCUAGAUGAAAAUGUAUUACAACCACUUCUUGUAACCUCUUCAGCUAUUAAAUUAGCUGCUGAAACUGUCAGAUCAAUUCUUAAGAUCGAUGAUAUUGUUCACUCUGUGAGAUAAACUACUUGUUGAUUCAACAUCAUGAUAAAAUCGAUAACCAGCCCAAGAAAUAUAUUUAACUUAAUCUGGAUAAUGUUUGCUUUUUCAUCUUUUGCUCCAAUCUAACAAUUAUUCUGGCCUGGUAAUUGAUUAUUUUAUCAAUUGAAUUUAAUUAAAAAAAAAUGCUUUCAAAUCUCAAGUGGUUUGUGUAACUUUAAAUCCAUUAAAUCAAAGGAUUAAAAUACUUUUCAAUUGUGA